UCACCACAACUUCCCUCUUGUCGGCCUCUGAUGCUCCGUUGCAUCUGUUUACUGAGAAGCCCCUUUGGAGGUGCGUGUCCAGAGAGGUUUGACACAGAUUGAGUGAAGCCCAAAUAUUUUAACAAUGAUAAGGGCUACCUUCCCCUUUUCUUUGAUCUCGCUGUGGCUCAGCUUUAGCAGUGCUGAGGCAGCUUUGCAAGAGCCACAGAUAUGCUAUGUCUUGGAUGCUGUGCUGUUUAUCUAUGGGAUUGUUUUAACCAUCCUGUACUGCAGACUGAAGUUAAGGAAUAAAGACGCAGUGAAAAAAUCGCCCAGGAACAAAGAUGCCGGUGAAGGGGUUUAUGAGGGUCUCAAGCCUCAUGAUCAGGACACAUACGAGACCCUUGGCACGAAAAAAUGAGAAGAAUAAGGUGGCGAAGACUUUCACACUGUGGACACUGCGUCAUUUUCAGCUGUUGUUCUAACCUAACUUGUAUAGCUAUUGUAAAUAAGCUAUAACGCAAACCUUGUUUUAAAAACAAUAUUUUCUUUAUGCACUACACUCUAAAAAAAAAAAAAUGGGUUGUUUUUAACCCAUGCUGUAAAAAUUGGACAGAACACACCCUGCUGGGUUCGAAAUUUUAUUAUAACCCAUGGUUGGGUAACAAAACUCCAGCAUUGGGUCAUUUUUAACCCAGAUGUGUGUUCUGUCCAACAUUUAUCCAGUAUGGGUUAAAAACAAGCCGACAUUUUUUAGAGUGUAAUGAUCACUCAUGUUAGGCUGUUUUGACAUUUGCAUACUGAGAAGUGAUACAAAAAUAGUCAAACCGAAUGUAAAAGUUCAGGAACAACAUUUCAAGUGUUUUGUGUGAAUAAUCUGCUUGAUUAACUAUUUAAAUUACAGUGCCAUUUUAAUGAAUGUAUUUUUAACUCUAUAUGUAGCUCACACAUGCCACACUUUUGUUUCACUAUAUCUGAGGCAAGCUUCCUGCACUGGCUUCUAUAGCAACAAACCACUAACCUCACAAAGUCCGAGCCAUUUCCUGGUUUAAAGAGUACAUAAAUGGUCUGACAAAACAUUAGACUUUGGCCACAGGGGUGAGGGAUGGAAACAGAGCUGCGUUGAUUUUUUUGUGUGCGCUGUUUUCCAGUCAUUUAUUUCAGCAUACAAGCUCUGCAACAAAAAUUUAGAAAAAACAACCAAAAUGUCACAUCAUUCAAGUUCCUAAUUUACUUAAAGUCAAAUGUUUUGUCAUAAAAACAACCCUCAAAGGAUUGUGACUGCACAGACUGUCCAAUCACGCUUGGUGAAUUUAUUUGUGACCUGCUUUUUAUCAUUCUGUAAUGUACCUGCAGUUCUCUGUUUUCUUUUUUACAUCAAUAGAUUUGCAGUAAUAAUUCUGCCAGUUCUAAAAACAAACGGUGCUAUAUAGCACCAAAAGUGGUUCUUUGCUCGUAAUCAUAGAAGAACCAUUUUUAGGGCCAUAUAGCACCUGUGCAGAACCAUAUAGGGGCCACUAAAAACGGUUCUUCUAUGAUUGCGAGCAAAGAACCACUUUUGGUGCUAUAUAGCACUGUUUGUUUUUAGAGUGUAGAUAACACUUCCCAUCACUGUACAAUUAAUAAAAUAGCAAAAUCGUGGCAGAUCCUUCCCCAUACUGGUAAAAUAGUGCCUACAAUUCUUAUAGUUUAUAGCAAUUUUUUUUACAUUUUCUUGAGUCGCACACAUAUAUAAAUAUUUUAACAGAUGGUGUUUAUUACUUCUUAAUGUGUUCUUCCAAUGUUCUUUUAUUUUUCAAAAUAUAUUGUUUAUUAAUAGAUUCUAUAACUGAUGAUAUCCUUUAUAAAUCCUUUAUGCUGAUGAAAUGUAUAUUUAACUGAGACCACACAUAUUUUUUGGAGAAACUGAGUGUACUGACCGCAUAAAAUGUUUUCCCCCUGAUCAGGACUGUAAUAGAAACCAUAUUUUGUCAUAAAUAUAUACACUAGUAUGAUUCACAUUUAACUGGCUGGCAUUUAUUCUUAUAUUUAACACAUUUAUUGCUUAUGCCAGAUUUAAAUAGUUAAAAUAUUACAUGAUUCAUGUUCAGAAUGCAUUAAGCACACUUUCUGUUAAGCAUAAGCAAUAUAAUGUGUGUAAUUAAUACUUUUCAUUGUUAAAAAUACAUCAAUAAAAAGGAAAAAAAUC